UUGUAGUCUGUGAUAUGAUUGAAUUGAAGCAAGAAUCACAAUCAGCAGACGUGGCAUGGGCCCACACUAACUGACUUCUCUGUUUGGUUACUUUCCUUUCUCUUCGUCUCAUCUCGUGAUAAUAAUCAAACUCAACUCAACUCAAAACCAAAAACACCAAUCCUUUCAACGAUGGAUAACGAACCCUUUCUCCUAAUUAACCGUCCAGAUUUACCCUUAACAUCUUCCAAAUCCUUCAACGACAUCACCACCGUUCAUCAACCCGAAAUACAACACCAACAACAACCACCAUUGUUUCUUCCCAAAAAAAAACUCAGUCGCUGCAAAACCGCACCAGCCAUGUUCAUUCUCCCAAACCUAAAACCAAACCAACCCCAACUUCCCAAACCUCAAUCCACUUCAAUAAUUCGACAAGGCAUUUGGCUUCUUCUCAUAUACCUCUCAAUCGGAGUCACAAUUUACUCUUUCAAUACUCACAAUUUCUCUGGAAUUGAAACUCACCCUAUCGUUGAUGCACUUUACUUUUGCAUAGUUACAAUGUGCACAAUAGGUUACGGUGACAUAGCACCUUUAACACCACUCACAAAAGUUUUUGCUUGUGUUUUCGUUUUAGUAGGUUUUGGUUUCAUAGAUAUACUUCUUAGUGGACUUGUUAAUUUCGUUUUAGAUUUACAAGAAAACACAAUUUUAACGGGUCUUCAAAUGGGUGCUAGGGAAGGUUUUUCAGCUAGGGAUUACAUUGUUGAUGUUGCCAAAGGUAGAAUGAGGAUUAGGUUGAAAGUUGGUUUAGCACUUGGUGUUGUUGUUUUGUGUAUUGGUGUUGGGAGUUUGGUUUUGUGUUUUGUCGAAGGUUUGAAUUGGGUUGAUUCUGUUUAUUUGUCGGUUAUGUCGGUUACGACGGUUGGUUAUGGUGAUACCGCUUUUAAGACACUUACUGGUAGAUUGUUUGCUGCUAUUUGGUUGUUGUUUUCUACUUUGAUGGUUGCUAGAGCUUUUCUUUAUUUGGCUGAGGCUAGAAUUGAUAGAAGACAUAGGAGAUUGGCUAAGAAGGUUUUGCAUAGAGAAAUUACUAUUGAAGAUUGGCUUGCUGCUGAUAUCAACAAUACUGGUUUUAUCAGUAAGUCAGAAUAUGUGAUCUUCAAGCUGAAAGAGAUGGGCAAAAUACAAGAAAAAGAUAUAAUGCAAAUCUAUGAUCAAUUCAGGAAGAUUGAUCCCUCUAACUGUGGGAAGAUAACAUUACCUCAUCUCUUGGAGGGCAGGUCAUAACAGAAAAAAAAGUUUGCAAUACAACCCAUUAGUUUAAAUUAACUGGUUAAUAAACUUCAAAUUCCAGUUAGAACAAUCGCUAUUUAUCUCCUGCCCAAACUCUGGAUUAUCAUGACUCUUUCCUCUGAAUCACCACAUGAUUAAGAAAAGAAAAAGAAGGGUGAGCCAUAAUGAAUAGUGUAAAAAAUAUGCAAAAUGCACAUGAAUUGUUGGGAGAAAGAUUUUGUACAUACAUUAGAAAUUACCUGAUUGGUUCUUAUGGGUGGUUAAAAUCAUCAGUGUAAAGGAAGUUACUAGAUGAUGGAUAGAAAGAGACCCACCAUAAUGAAUAACAAGGGCAUUUUUUCAUCA